CGAUCCGGCAUAAAAAGGCGUAUCGAAAAAAAAAGGAUAGCCUCCAUCCGUGGAUAAGACCGGUCGAUCGGCGGCCACGGAUCUUAGUACUUGGUGGACCGUCCUCGCGAAGGCCACACGUAGGACAGUUCAUCCGCGCGGCCUUUGAAUCCCACGGAAGGGUUGUAAGCACGCAGGGGUUGGUUGACAUGACUUCCUACGCUUUCGUCCUCCUCGUCCUUUUUUCCGGCGCCUUAUCAAGAUCAGCCACGAACCAUGAAACGCUGGACACAACCACAAAACUGCCCGAUUCAAGAAACGAUAUUAGAAAUUACGAAAAGUCGGAAGAACCGAUAGAAACGUUAUUCAUCCCCGAGGAUCCGAAUCGGUACAAGGAAAUUUUAUUACACGUGCGAGAAUUAUUCGAACCAGUGGGCGAAUCGAUCGAACCGUUCGAUCGGAGUUCUGAGGGAAGUUCAGCUGAUAACGCGGCCGGAAAGAAUCGAUUUUCGAUGACGACAGGCAUCCGGGAAAGAAAUCGGAACCCGCAGGGAAAGGAGGACGAGGAAAAGUAUUUGGAGAGAAAUCUUGGGGAAGAAGUGUUUCCGGUGACAACCGCGGAGGAUAAUGGAAGAGGGGGAGCAACUCCGCUAGGGAUAAACAAGUAUAACGAUAGUUACGCGGGUAAGAAGGAGCCUGACGAAGAGGACGUGCUGGAAGCGGCUUAUUUUGGACUGAACGCUAUGAAAGAUCUGUACACCGUGAAGGAGCCAAUGCUCUAUUAUAUGGGGCUUUACCUCGGCUCCGACAAUCCCGCAAGGCACGUGGCCGUCUUCAACGAUCAAACAGAAGAGGCAAGAACGCUCGCGAAGUACGGAUUCGCCGUGCUCCAGGGCACCGCGAUGUUCAAGAAGAAGUUCCCGGACGCCUCCACGGACUUGCUGCUUUCUCGUCGGAGUCAAAGCAAUCCACUUCACCGUGGCUGUCCAAACAGAGGCGUGCCCGACUGUCCACCGGCCAGUUUCAGGUACAGAACGUCCGACGGUAGCUGCAACAACCUGCAGCAUCUCUGGUGGGGCUCCGCUAUGUCCACCAUGCAGAGAUACUUGCCUCCGGUUUACGACGACGGUAUUCAGAGCGUUAGGAAGUCUGUGACGGGAGCUCCGCUCCCCAGUGCGAGACUGGUCAGCGCAGUGAUUCACGAAGAUAAAGAUGUUCCUUUGGCUUCCGUCACUCACAUGCUCAUGCAGUGGGGACAGUUCGUUGAUCACGAUAUAACAGCUACUGGGCAGAGCAGAGGUUUCAAUGGUAGCAUACCACAGUGUUGCCUGAACUUCGGCACAGGCUUCCAGCCACCGGAAUUCACGCACCCGGAGUGUCUACCGAUACCGGUCAGCGCGCAAGAUAAUUUCUUCGGUCCCCUGGGGGUCAGGUGUUUGGAAUUCGCACGAAGUGGACCAGCGCCGAAAGAGGACUGCGUGUUCGGUCCCAGAGAACAAUUAUCACAGGUGACCAGCUACCUGGACGCCUCUACGGUUUAUAGCAGCAAUGCGUUCCACACAGAUGCUUUGAGAUUGUUUCGAAACGGUUUAUUGCAAUACGGAAAGAUACAGUCGCACAGGCCGGUACUGCCUAAACUCGAUCCGGAUCUAUGCAAACGCGGAUCGUUAUCGACGAGCUGUUUCAGGGCUGGCGACGGCCGCCUGGGCGAGCAGCCGGCCCUCACGUCUCUUCACGUGGCCUUUUUGAGGCUUCACAACAGAAUAGCCACGAAACUCGCCGCGUUGAAUGCCCACUGGAGCGACGAGAAACUAUUUCAAGAAUCCCGUCGAAUCGUCGCCGCCGUUGUCCAGCAUAUCACUUAUAGGGAAUUCCUGCCCAUUGUUCUCGGUCAAGACGUGAUGAAAAUAUUCGACCUCGAGUUGCUGAAAAAAGGCUAUUUCGAUGGAUACGACCCGGCUGUGAAUCCGACUAUAGCGAACGAGUUUUCCACGGCUGCCUACCGUUUCGGUCAUUCCCUGGUGCAGAGCAGCUUCGUCCGGUACGACAGUAACCAUCAGCCGAUAUUUAAUAACGUGUCGAUCCACAACGAGUUGACCAAUCCGGCAAAUUUAGAGACAGCCGGAUCGGUGGACCGUCUCCUUCUCGGUUUGAUCAAUCAACCGUCUCAAAGGAGAGAUGAGCACGUGAGCGAAGAAUUGACCAACCAUUUGUUCCAAACUCCCAGCUUCCCCUUCGGGAUGGAUCUUGCUUCCAUCAACAUUCAACGAGGAAGGGAUCACGGGAUCCCGCCGUACGUCCAGUGGCGAGUGCCUUGCGGUUUGUCUCCCAUAAGAAGCUUCGAGGAUCUGGAAACCGCGAUGCCACCGUCCACGGCGAGGAAAUUUAAGUUGGUCUAUUCGGCAGUAGAGGACAUCGACUUGUUCACCGCGGGACUCGCGGAGAAGUCGGUGAAGGGCGGCUUAGUGGGCCCGACGUUCGCCUGUAUAAUCGGGCAGCAAUUCAACAACCUGCGCCGCGGGGACAGGUUCUGGUACGAAAAUUCCCAGCAGGAGAACAGCUUCACUCCCGGCCAGCUUCAGCAGAUCAGACGAGUGACUCUGGCCCAGGUCCUCUGCACCACUAUGGACGACAUCGAGACCGUUCAACCUUUCGUCUUCUUAACCGCGGACACCUUGAAGAAUCAGCGACUGCCUUGCAACGAUCCGGUCGUUGGUCAACUCAAUUUAGAAUUCUGGGCGGAGGGAUCGGCAGAGGUCAGAAGCAGGGCUGGUAUUUUAGAUCAAGUGAAGAAGAAGAUCAGUAUACCUGGUUUGACAACGCCGAAACCUGUUUCAACCACGGAGGAAGGCAAGUUCUUUUAUCAGAGCAUGGAACCACCGAAGGCGAGCGUGCUUCAGAAGAACAGGAUCGUCGUGAAGAGACCCAUCGGCACACCGGAUAACGUCACUAUAGUCGUACAAAAUAACGCCAUCAACUCGCCCGUGUUCGUGAACGACGCUAUUCACGGGUCGAUGAUAAGGAUAAAUCCUUCGUUAAACCAAAAGGCACACCAGCCACCGAUUCCCGAGGACUAUCUGCCUGGUCCGAAACCCAUUCCCACGACGCAUCCUCUAGCGAGUAUCAAUCGCCCAUAUGCUUUCAGAGAUCCGAACGACCCUAAUCCUUUGCACCAAGGUUUCCUAUCAGGUCACGUCGAAAACGACGUAAUCUUUGAGCAUCUGUCUGGGUCCAGUCCGAGACCAACGUUGUAUACGUACUACACUAACUUCCAGAAGAUGACGACGCAGAGGCCGCCGCACGAAGUGGACAUGUACUUGGUGAACUAUAAACCACAGGGUCAGGCGUCCAGACCAAAUUCCUGGAUCGAACCACAAUAUGAAAGCCAGUCUAAACCUCAUUACGGUUCUUCAGAGAAUCAGCACCUCAAACCUGUUUAUGAUGCUGAAAAUGAACGAUUCCAACAUAACAGCCAGGGAUAUGGAUCCCAAAAUCAUUUGCCAUCUAGGCCUUCUUAUAUAGAAAAUCGGCAACCCAGUGAUAAUCAAGAAUAUCAAAAUCACAAAUUUUCUAAACCUUUUAAUACUCCACCGCAUAGUAAUCAAGGAUACGGUACGAACACUUGGCAAAAAGUACAAUAUCAGCAAUCGAGUUAUAAUAAAAAACAACAAGACGUCGUAAAAGAUUCGGGAAACGGUUACACGACAUGGUCUAGCGUGUCCCCUGAUAAGAACACGAUUGAUAGGGUGACCGAUCAGCAAAUUUAUUUAAUCAGCCCCCCUUAUCAGUCGAGUAACAAGCCUACGCAGACUGUUUCCACGUAUCAGAGAGAACCUACCAAACCAAGCAUCGAUCACAACAGUUACAUCAGCUCUUCUACGAGACCGAGCCUGAGUCAAUUCGAUAAAAAUCCAAACAUUUAUGAUAAUCAACACGAUUAUGGCAACGCUUUCCAUCAAUCGACUCCCGUUUACAAGCCCGGUUAUCAAACUAAUCGAUCACCGGAGGCUUAUCAGACUCUCACGCGACCGAAACCGUCUAAGAUUCACAGCGUGACUAUCGUGACGGAACCAUCGGAAACGAUGAGUCAGGCUGAGAUCGACAGAGUGGAGAAUCGAGUCACCAGCGAAAUUCCCAGGCCGUUGAUUUCGCAGGCGGGCAACAACGGAGUGAGGAGGCCCGGUCAAUACUAUUACGAGAAAAAUGUGUUACAUCGGUACCCGGAAAGCCAGACAGAGAGGUACAAUGGUGAAGAGAGGCAUAAGCAGCUUAGCGACAUUUCCUUAGAAAACCAAUCCACCUUCAAUAAUGAAAGCAGCGCAGAUAUUGACGCAACCGUGAAUCAAACGAGAUACGCAUUAUCCGACAGUGCGGAUGAUGACGACGUCGAUCGAGGUGUAGGCGAAACAUUCUUGGGAAACGGUGCUCCGAGAUACAGAACGAGCCAUUGGUUGAACCCACAAGAGGACUCGAGCUUGCCGUCAGCUCCGGAGGUGCCAAAAAUUCCAUCGGACAAAACCGCAGCAGCCAGAGAAUUGCCUAAGCCCAUUAAAUUCAGAUAUCACGGUUCCUAAAUCCUGUUAUUCCUAUCUUUUGCAAUCCCAGAUGAUUCGUUUCAAUUCUUUGUUAAAUAAUGACUCACGCGUAUUUAUUAUUUCUUCGAAUAUUGUUCUUCGCCACGUACAAGGAAUUACGAUGUUUCGCAGCCUUGAGAUUUAAUCAGAGAUAAGAGGUUGAUAGUGCGACGUUAUUUAUGCAUAUACGAUUCAUUCGGAUCGAACAAUUGACCGCGCGUAGAGAUGCCGUAGAGUCCAGGUGGGACGUAGCCUAGUUUUACGCCAAUUUUAAACCGUAUCUCUCUCCGCAGUGACUAGAACCACUCCGGGACUAUUUUCAGACACGGCUUCGCCCGUGUCACUGCUUUUCAUACACGCCACGUCUCGGCACCGUUAAUUGCAAUUCGCACCUGUACAUUCAUUAGGAAAAGAAUAAACAUUGAACCUCGUUAGCAGCCAAAUAGAAUAGUGAAAAUAGUAUGCUCAGCUCGUUAUCAAAUUGGCAAACAGAGUAAUCAUAUUUUCAUCGCACACGGAUAUUGUUAAACAGUAUACAUGAUUAAUUUCAUUAAUUUAUCGCACAGAUUAAGAAUUAUUCCGAUUUAUAGGCGAAUCGGAUAUUUAACAGAUUGACGUUUGCUUGUUUAAUGAUUUCUCAACACGGAGCGGACGGUCAUUCCCGCGAAUCUCGGAUAUGAUUUAUUUAAAGCGGACCGAGUAGACAAAGGAAUGUUGGGAAAGUUUCCUGUCUCAUCGCUGGGAAAAGAAGUUCCCAAGGAAGUUGUGUCCCGUGAACAAAGCCGCCUGAAUUAUUCGAAGAGCCAGCCGCGUUGUUUCGCGUCGCCGAGAAAAUUCGGUCUUUAACAUACCCUCGAGUAGACAACACGUCGAAGGAGACAGCAGUCGUUCAAGUUUCGAGCACUGCUGGCAAAAGUUUUUACCUCGGCUACGAUAAUCCUGAGAAAGAUAGAAAUCCCUCAUUCCUUCGUCAAAAGUUUCAGUUUCUGCUCGGCGACCAAACAGGAGAUCGAUACCCUUUGGGAUGCUGCAAUUUUUCGUAGCAACAUAAAAGAAUCCGUUUCGUCGAUGAUAAUGGAAAUGACGUAUUGAGAGGAGAGGUGGAAGAUAUGAAUGGGAAAACUUCGCCUGGGGGGGCAGAUCCCUGCAGCAGGUCGCUAGGCAGCAGUUUCCGGGUCACCAGAAAACAGGCAGCGGCCGAUCGAAACGUAGUUUUCGAUGCCACGACCUGGAUCCAGUGUCCCUGCGGUUUGGCUGCGUGUUAACCGAAUCCAACCGACGAGAAACUCGGUUACAAGCGAACCAGUAUCGUUCGAUCGUUUCAAUAUAUUCGCCCGCGCAAUAUUUGCGUGUACCGAGCGUGGAUAACGAAAUCGUAGCGUAAGGGAAUUGCGGCAAUGUUUCCAUCGUUUCGAAAGCGGUCGUUAUUAAGUUCCACUCGCCAAUACCGUGGAACUUUCCUCUUAAUUACACCGAUCACUUUUUGCCGGUAGACUCUCCCGCUUUUUUCUCUCCCGUCCGAUUAAACUGGUCUUUAAAAGUGGACCUUUCUGUGAAAGCUUGGCCAGCCCGUUAUGGGACGACACGAAUAAAACUCGACUGCUUGUUA